AUGGCGACUAAAAAGAAACCACGACGUAAGUUGGCACUUGUAAUUGGGAUUGGUAAAUAUGACCAUUGUGAAGAAUUACAAAAUCCCGAAAAUGAUGCGAAUGACAUGUCAUCUGCUCUGGAGAUUAUUGAUUUCAAUGUUACAAAGAGACUACAUUUAAAACGAGCUGAGAUGCAACAUGUUAUUAUUGAUUUCGAAAACUCAAUAGAACAAGGCGAUAUGGUCCUCUUUUAUUUUGCUGGGCAUGGGGUACAAUGGGAAGAUCAAAAUUAUUUGAUACCAAAAGACAUUCCAACUUUGGAUGGUGCAGCUUUAAACAAGAGUGCAAUCAAUGCACAACAUAUUCUUGACACUUUAAGUGAUCACAAUCCAUAUGUAACAAUAUUUCUAUUGAAUUGUUGUAGAAAGUAUCAUUUACGUAAUCCUGAGGUAGACACACGUGGUCCAGAUGCAAGUAAUUCGAAAUCGGUAGGCCUCAAAGCUAUGAGCAAGGCUGGUUCAUUGAUUGCAUUUGCUUGCGCACCUGGAACUAUAGCCAUUGAAGGAAAAGGACAGAGAAAUGGCUUAUUCACCAAGCAUCUUUUGAAACAUAUUACAACUGCGAAUGAAGAUAUUCGAAUGAUAUUAAGUGAUGUAACAGAUGGAGUAAUACAAGAGUCGAAAUUAAAACAAAUUCCGUUUGUGAGUGGAUCAUUAUCAAAGAAGAAUAUAUAUUUAUAUGGUCAACGGCGAGAUCAACCACGUGAACCAGAACAGCCACAAGACUUAUUACAAAUAUCGGAUCAGGAUCUACAAUUGAAUGAGGAAAUUGGUCGUGGAGCAUUUGGAACAGUUUACCGAGCUCGA